AUGUUCUACUUCCACUGCCCGCCGCAGCUGGACGGCGCGGCGCCCUUCGCGGCUCCCUCCGCCGGGGACUUCGACGACGGCUUCUUGCGCAGGAAGCAGCGCCGCAACCGAACCACGUUCACCCUGCAGCAGCUCGAGGCGCUCGAAGCCGUGUUCGCCCAAACCCACUACCCCGAUGUGUUCACUAGGGAGGAGCUGGCCAUGAAAAUCAACCUCACGGAGGCCCGCGUGCAGGUUUGGUUCCAGAAUCGGAGAGCCAAAUGGAGGAAAACGGAGAGAGGCGCCUCCGACCAGGAAGGCUCUAAGGAAGCAAUGGCCGAGGUGGCUCCUCCUGUGAGGAAUUUAAAUUCCCCUUCUCCAGCAGAUCAAACCAGGAAUAAAAAGGAGAAUCUGGAGAUCCAGCAGAGCCUGAGUCGAGCAGUUGGUCCCGCCGGACCCUUCUUCCCCUCCUGCCUGCCAGGGACUCUGCUCAACACAGCCACCUACGCCCAAGCUUUAUCCCACGUCGCCUCGCUAAAAGGGAGCCCACUGUGCUCGUGCUGUGUCCCCGAUCCCAUGGGCCUCUCCUUCCUGCCCACGUAUGGCUGCCAAAGCAACCGCACCGCGAGCGUGGCCGCGCUGCGCAUGAAGGCGCGGGAGCACUCGGAGGCCGUGCUGCAGUCCGCCAACCUCCUGCCGGCCGCCAGCAGCAGCCCCGCGCCGCCAGCCAAGCCCAGCCCGGCGGGCAGCCCGGACAAGCAGCCCUGUCCGGCCAAGGAACACAUGGAUGGAGACAAGAGCGUAUGA